AUGACCACUCUGUCUGCGAGGAAUUGCGCCCCUCGCCCCUCCGCGAUAUCCGAGUCUUUUCCGCCUCCGCAGACGCGUGCGUUCGUGUUCGACCUGACGAUGUUUCCAUCCUCGCCGCCUCCCCGCCGCCCUGCCAUACCUGGAGGCUAUGACGCUCGAGAACAUCCUCCUCCCAUUCAACCCCAGUGCAAACCCAUUUAUCCGAGACGGCGCAAUGCCGCUCACCGCGCUCGUAUUCGACAACAUGAGCGCAUCAUGAUCUCGGAGCCCUACCAGCGCGCGGAGGAUCCAGCUGUGGAGUGGCCUUCCCAACUCGGACCUGCCGAACCUGUAGCGUCCCGGCCGGCGCGGACGCCCCAAGCUCGUCGACAGGGUGCCCGUCUCCUUUAG